AUGGUCCUUCGAGGUGCCUGUGCCGGCGCCCGACCUGCAGCUUCGCGCCACUUCGCGCCCUCGGGCGAGGCCGAGGGGGUGGGGGUGAGCCCACCGCACUGCCGAGGCUUGCGCCCCUCCGCAAACCCCCACCGCAGGGCGGGCAGGCCGGCCGGCCGCACCCCCGGCCUGGGGCCUCCGCUCGUAGUAAAGCGGAGGCGGGUGGGGAGGUGGGAGCGAGAGUCCGCGGCAGGAUACUUGCUGAGAAGGAAGUAUUCCCAAGUGGGUCGGGUCACAAAUCUUCGCAGAGUGACAUAUGUUGUUCUAGAUGAAGCAGACAGAAUGUUUGACAUGGGUUUUGAACCACAGGUCAUGCGCAUUGUGGAUAAUGUCCGUCCUGAUCGACAGACGGUCAUGUUUUCAGCUACUUUCCCCAGAGCCAUGGAGGCUUUGGCUCGCAGAAUCCUGAGUAAACCAAUUGAAGUGCAGGUUGGAGGCAGAAGUGUGGUUUGCUCAGACGUGGAGCAACAAGUGAUUGUGAUUGAAGAAGAAAAGAAAUUCUUGAAGUUACUUGAGCUUUUAGGUCAUUAUCAAGAAUCAGGAUCUGUCAUUAUAUUUGUGGAUAAGCAGGAACAUGCUGAUGGUCUUCUGAAAGAUUUAAUGAGAGCAUCUUAUCCGUGCAUGUCUCUUCAUGGAGGCAUAGAUCAAUAUGACCGAGAUAGCAUCAUAAAUGACUUUAAAAAUGGGAGCUGCAAACUUCUUGUGGCUACUUCCGUUGCUGCCCGAGGUCUGGAUGUGAAACACCUCAUUCUUGUAGUAAAUUAUAGCUGCCCCAACCAUUAUGAGGAUUAUGUGCACAGAGCAGGACGGACUGGAAGAGCAGGCAACAAAGGUUAUGCCUAUACUUUUAUCACAGAAGAUCAGGCUCGCUAUGCUGGUGACAUAAUUAAAGCACUUGAAUUAUCAGGGACCACAGUGCCUCCUGAUCUGGAAAAACUUUGGAGUGAUUUCAAAGAUCAACAGAAAGCUGAGGGAAAAAUAAUUAAAAAGAGUAGUGGUUUUUCUGGUAAGGGAUUCAAGUUUGAUGAAACAGAACAAGCUUUGGCUAAUGAAAGGAAGAAGUUACAAAAGGCAGCUCUUGGUCUACAAGAUUCAGAUGAUGAGGAUGCCGCAGUUGAUAUUGAUGAGCAAAUUGAGAGCAUGUUUAAUUCAAAGAAGAGAGUGAAAGAUAUGGCUGCUCCUGGGACAUCUAGCGUUCCUGCUCCAACUGCGGGAAAUGCUGAGAAAUUAGAAAUUGCCAAGAGAUUGGCUCUGAGAAUAAAUGCUCAAAAGAAUUUGGGCAUCGAGUCUCAGGUAGAUGUGAUGCAACAGGCCACCAAUGCAAUUCUCAGAGGUGGCACUAUUCUGGCUCCCACUGUGUCUGCAAAAACCAUUGCAGAGCAACUUGCUGAAAAGAUCAAUGCCAAGCUCAAUUAUGUGCCUUUAGAGAAACAGGAAGAGGAGAGACAAGAUGGUGGACAGAAUGAGUCUUUUAAGAGAUAUGAGGAAGAAUUAGAGAUCAAUGACUUUCCACAGACUGCUAGGUGGAAAGUUACCUCUAAGGAAGCUCUGCAGAGAAUCAGUGAAUAUUCUGAAGCUGCAAUUACAAUCAGAGGAACAUACUUCCCUCCUGGCAAAGAACCCAAGGAAGGAGAGCGGAAAAUUUACUUGGCAAUUGAAAGUGCCAAUGAACUGGCUGUGCAGAAAGCAAAGGCAGAAAUCACCAGGCUCAUAAAAGAAGAACUGAUCCGCCUGCAAAAUUCAUACCAACCAACAAAUAAAGGAAGAUACAAAGUCUUAUAAACAACCGAAGAAAACUUUUUAUCUGUGCUGGUCUGUGAUACAUGUUUCAGUUGUUGUCUCCUGUUUACAAUCUGUUGUAAAUUAAGAUUUUUAAAAUUUUGUCUUUCUGAUUUUUUAAAUUCAAGAAACGAGUAUUGCUAAAGAAAUCUUCACCCAGUAAGUACCCCCACACUUAUCAAACUAUAUUUAAAACAGACCUGUUUUCAGAAUAUAAUGUCCUUUAAGAUAAAACUUAAAUAUCAGUAAGUAUAUUUUAAGUAUCUGAGUAAUAGACCAGAGGUUAAAAAAUUGAAAUAUUUGGACUUUCCAUUUUAGUUAAUAAAGUGUACCCAGUUGCUAAGGGGCUAUUCAUCUUAUCCUCUUACAAUGAAAUUGUUAGCAUCACCUGAGAAAAGGUAAAAUUCUCUUUAAUUUUGUGUCCCAAAUUCCCCACUUGACCUUAAAUCUUACUUGAUUCAGUGGAAUAAUAUGAACUGGAUCUUAAAAUGUUAUAAUAGAAUUUUUACAAAAUGGGUUUAGAGCUUUUGUUUCAAUUUUUAUCAUCAUAAAUGGGCAGUAGUUGGACUACUUUGGUUUUUGUACAAUUAAUGAUUUUAGUAUGAGUUUUUGCAUUUCCUUACACUGCAAAGAGUUUUAGUUUUUACUACUUUUAGGUUCCCCCUGCAUCCUCUGACUCCACUCCUAGCUACCAACUCCUUUUUAAAAUGUUCCUUAAAAGUAAAUGGUUUGUAGCCUAUAAACAGUAAACAUGAUUCCUUUUUUUUUUUUCCCUGAAAGUUUUUGUUUAUGCAUCUGUACAUAUUGUAUGUACAAAUAUUCAACUACUUUUAAUCUGGUUUUCCUUCAGGAUUAUUGAAUAGGCUGUAAAUUUUGUUUCAUAAAAAUUUUUAGACAUAUUGCUACCCAUUUUUUGGACUUAGAUUUCAACUUCUGUCAGUGAAAUUUAGUUCACAGGAAAUCAUAAGUUGUAGUUUUGAACCAUCAGAAAUAUUUCUCAAUAUUCUAAUUUAAAUUAUUAUAAUUGGAUCACUUAAUAUUCUUUUCCUGGUAUAUUAGAACUUCAUGUUUUCACUUCCAGAAAAGGGAUUUUUCAGGAAUUAAAUAAAUAUUUUUCUUAAAUUAAGAGACACAGUGAUCCUUUGAGUAUUCUUGACUUAAGAUUUUUAUAAAAGAAAAAAAAAUCAAAGCAUAAUUUAGCUGUUAAAAUCAUUUUCUUAAUAGUACAUUAAAAGCCUCAAGUUACAGAGUAUCAACCAUCAUUUUUUCACUACAAAGUUUUCAUUACUGAAAAACCAAGACAACUGGGAAGUAUUCUUGGAUAACUCACACAACCACUUAUUUUCUUAGAGGAAGAAAGCAAACAAAACACAUGGACCAACAGAACGAAAUAAACCAUUUACUUUAAAAUUCCAAGCAUCUUGAGCUCCUUUUUUCUCCCCAGUUAAUGUAUUUGCUUAUUUUCAUCACCCAGUGGGGUAGUUUAUUUUCCUUUAAUAGAAUAUGUGGCAGUCCCACAUUGGUGACAAUUGGUGCUCCUUUCAGUCAAUUGAAUCACUUUGGGAUUCAGAGUUUGCAUAAUUUUAGCAUUACCUUUAUGUUUGUAUAUCUAAUUGUGAUGAGCCACUGAUGGUAUUUUGUUCUAAAAUG